AUGAAGACUCUCAUUGUGCUUGCCAUGGCUUUUGCUGUCACUCUUGCAGCUAUAACUCUUUCUGAAGAUGGAUACUAUAAGUUUACAAUCAACUUUUCAGAGAAUUCAAGCAACAGCAGUAACACUGAUGUGGCCUUGGGACUCAUUAUUCCUAUGACAAGUGCUCCAAUGACAAGUAAUUUUUUUACUACUGGAGCUUGUGUUAAUGUGGCAACUUCAAAUUAUCAACUCACCACUGACAGCACAGCUUUGAAGGGAUUUGGAAUUGAAUGGCGAUGCCAUUCAACUUGUGCAUCUUUGGCUGCAGUGUACAAUUCAGUUACUUUCUAUGGCGGUUCUAAUUGGGGACAAACAGCAGAUCAUAUAGUGUCUUCUGGAUCUCUCAUAUCUGUAAUCACAUCUCCUGCUGGAUUGAACUCAAAUAACUCCACUGCCAAGACUGUAUCCUACACCUUCUUUGGAUUGACUCCAACCCAACUUGCAAGUACUGUAUACAUGCCAAACCAGACAGAGACCUGGUACAUCAGAUGCUUUGCCAGAUUCAACAACGCAUUUAGCGCCUCUCUAAAUAGAGGAGUCGUUGACUUGGCUACCACUUUAGGAAAUGCAAGGAACUUGUCAUUAUGACAAUCGCUCACUUCCACUUCUUCAAGCUGCACAGAUUUGGCAUCAAGUGAUUAUAUGCCAGCCUUCACCACAUUGGCUGGUGCUGUGAGUCUCUGUGCCUUUUUCUUGUAA